AUGUCUUAUCCAGGGACUUUACAUGAGUACAUCAAGGGAAAAGUUGCCUUUGAAUUUUGUCCUUCAGGCUCCAAGAAGACAAUUAUUUUCAUAGGUGGGCUCGGUGACGGGCUUCUUACUGUGCCAUACGUCCCACUACUUGCACGGCAUUUGGAGAACAAGGGCUGGUCAGUCGUGCAAAUUCAAUUGAGUAGCAGUUUUAAGGGAUUCGGGAUAUCCUCGCUGGACCAAGACAUCAAGGAGAUCAGUGCUCUUGUUGAGUACUUGAGAUCGAAUGAAGGGGGAAGCCGUGAGAAGAUUAUGCUAUUCGGACACUCUACCGGUUCGCAAGACACUAUUCACUACUUGCUGAACAACGGUAGUACAGUCGACGCAGGUAUACUGCAAGCUUCAGUCUCAGACAGAGAAGCGCCGCUUGAGAUGGAUGAACAGACCAAGCAACGUCUGGACAGGAAAGCCAAAGAAAUGGUCGCGAGGGGCCAGAAAAAUGAGCUUUUAUCUGCCGAGCACGCUAAGUAUAGCUUUAACGCCCCAAUUACUGCCUACAGAUGGUGCUCCUUAUUCCUACCGGGUGGAGAUGAUGAUUAUUUUUCGAGCGACUUGACUAGCGAUGACCUCAAAUCAACUUUUGGGCAAAUCACAAAACCUUUCCUUAUUGCAUAUGGUGAGAAGGAUGAGUAUACGCCGACCUACGUAGAUAAAAAGAAGUUGUUAGAUGCUUGGAAAUCAUGCAGUAAUCCUGAAUAUUGGUCUAAGAACUCUGGCUUGAUUGAAGGCGCUGAUCAUAGAGUCAGUCCGGAAGCAUCGAGACGGUGUCUGUUUUCCAUGGUCGACAAUUUCCUCGAGGAGUUCAACCUUUGA